GUCAUCACUCAUGUGACCCGGGAAAGAUGGCUGCUCUGACGGCGGAAAACUUUGUGGCUCUGCAAAGCCUGCUAAAGGCCUCCUCAAAAGAUGUUGUCAGACAGCUGUGUGAAGAGAGCUUUUGCACUUCAGCCCUGGGCUCCAAAAAACUCUUGGAUAUUACAUGUUCUGGUUUGUCUGUGACCCAGGAGGAGGCAGCGCAACUGCUCCAAGCCCUGCACCGCCUCACCAGGCUGGCAGCCUUCCAGGACCUGUCCUCCGCUGAGGCAAUUCUGGCUCUCUUCCCUGAGAAUUUCCACCAGAACCUCAAAAAUCUGCUCACAAAAAUCAUCCUAGAACACAUAUCAAUGUGGAGAUCUGAAGCCCAAGCAAAUCAGAUCUCUCUGCCGCGCCUGGUGGACCUGGACUGGAGAGUGGACAUCAAAACCUCCUCGGACAGCAUCAGCCGUAUGGCCGUGCCCACCUGCCUGCUCCAGAUGAAGAUCCAGGAAGAUCCCAGUCUGUGUGGGGACAAAUCCUCUGUGUCAGCAGUCACCAUGGAGCUGAGUAAGGAAACACUGGACACCAUGUUGGACGGGCUGGGCCGUAUCCGAGACCAGCUUUCUGCCGUGGCCAACAAAUGAGACCCACCUCCUGUGGCCCCAGCGCCCAUCCCAGCUGCUCGUCAGCCAUGGAGUGUCUCCCAGUCCUCAGCUGCCUCUGUAGCAGCUACAGUCAGCAGUGGAUGUGUAAUGGCUCGGGGAGGAAGGCUGCCCUCCAGAAGGCACGACUCUGUCUGGAGGCAGCAGCCAUGCUCACAGCAUGUUCUCCUCGACCACCUUUUUCUCUGUCUGAAGCUGCAAGCAGAAGCCUCCACCUCUGAAAGGCUCCCUUAUUGGAUGCGACUUAAUUAUCACCGUGGCAGUGAGAAGGAGCGUUUGCUUUGUCAGCUGUCUCUACACGUUGAUUGGAAAAUCCAGGCCCAGACUGUGGAGCAUGUCUAAUAAGUUCUUUCCAGCCGCAGCUCUAAUGCAUUCAUUUCCAUCCUCGGAACACAUGGAGGGGAUUGAGUGGUGAUGUCAGCUUUGCUGCUUCUCCAGCAGAGAAGUCAGGCAGACCACACAGAGCAGAACCACCCCUGCCAAGUACAGAGCCUUCCCUGAUCUCCCUCAGCCCUGCUGAGGACCACCUACCUCCUCAGUAUAGGGGGUCUCCAGUGGGUAUUGACUCAUUUCUUCCUGAAGUUGGGGGGGGGGGGGAGCAGGAGUGAGUGGAAAUAAAUACCAUUCCUAAAACUGUCA